GUCUUUCCUCGCAAGCCCGGAUCUUGGAUUCAAGUGAAUCGGCACGUGACAACGCGCAGCACUCGCGCCUGCCACAAGGGUGUGCGAGGGACCGUGCAACAUACGAACAGGCUGCUCCCGCCUUCCUCACUCUCAAAUGAACAAUUCCCUGUGGAUUUCAUUGGUUUCUGCACAAACUCGAAACAGUCUUUCGGUUGUGAACCUGGCGGCCAAUAAAGCCGCCAGGCAUCGACGGCCAACUGCAGGGCAAUCGAAAAAGCAAAUGCCAUCAAGAUGCAGUCCAAAACCCUCCGCCAAGCAGAGAAAAGAGCGAUCGAAGGGGCCAAUGAGUCGCAAGACACCCUGCUGCUCGCGCAUCACCUCAUGCUCGAUUUUGGUGUCGGCCUGCGGAGCAGCUCACCAACAGCAGGGGAUAUCAUGUCCCUCCCUUCUCCCAAUCGAAGCCGGCCACCAAGUGACAAAGCCAGCAGAAGUUCGCACGACGACCAAUUCGCGGGUACAGAAGAGACGCGGGGUACGCGUUUCGGGGACACCGAGGAAAGCCAACAGUCGUCAAUCCCAGAAACUCAGGACAUUGGCAUUGUACGAGACGAACGACCACCGGAUGGGCUAGAUCAGGAUGUGGCUGCUGGAGAUGGUGUUGUGGGCGAUUUGAAUCUGCCAGACACUCUCCCCCUUUCGGCCGAAAUUGAUAGCUCCUCGCGGAGGAGGAGGAAGAUGGAGUCGACUCAGGCAUCCACGCAGUCAAAUGCCGGUCGAAGCUAUGACCAGUAUUGCCGCCCUCUCUCGCCAGACCACACAUCGCAAACCGCCGGACCUCCCAGGAGCAGCUCCCCCGGUUGCCGCGAGAUCGACGAUGAUGGCAUCGCGGACGGGCUCGACCUCCCCGAUGGUGCGGCCACCACCAAGACCGUUCUCCCAGACCAGGACGAUUCCGGCUUCGUGGACUUUGGUGAUGUCGCCCGUUUUCGCCACGGAGCCUCUCAGAAGACGGUCCUAUCUCCGACCCAGCACUUGCCGGAAACCCCUACUCCUCCUCAGAACCCCUUCCGCCAUAGCCGAUCCGAACUUCUCCCGACGUCGCAGAUGUUCCGAGGCACACAGUUUUCGUCCCCGGUGAAACUUGCCAGCCCUACCUCAUCCAGACCCUCGCCGGCUGAUUUCCCCGGCAACUCGAUAUCUCCCAAUCCGAUCAUCUCGUCUCCUCUCAAGGCGCGUGGUCUCCGCUCUUCACCCGCCGUGGCCAUAACGUCAAGCCCAGUGGUUCUGCCGGGGACCACAUCGCCAAGGCCGGAUGACAGAGCGAGUAGUCCUGUUAAUACCGCGUCAACCGAGAAUCCCGUUGUUCCGGAAUCCUCCCACGAUAGGCCCGUCCGGAAGAGGUCAUGCCCCGAGCCCAUGACCUCCUAUGAGCCAAUGCACAAGUCUCAAGAACGGCGCUCAACUUCCGAAGUACGGACCGAUCCCGUUAGUUCUGGGGAUGAACAAGACUCGCAUGACUCGAUAACGAGGCGGAGAAAAGCAAAGCACAAAAAAGAUGCAGCCUUGAGGCAGCUGACCGCUAUCAGCUUCCCGCGCCCGCUCAAGUCCGAUGACGUCGAGGUACCUUCAACGAGCCAGCGCAAACGGACGAGUCAAGCAGAGCCUUGUAUCGCUAAGUGCUACGACCAAGGCCCGGUUCCUGAUGACCCGGAAGGUUCAAGUGCCGUGAAGGAAGGCCAGGACCAUCGUCCGCUGCCCGUUCAGCAUCACCCCGUGGAGGAUGAAGACUCAACACAGUCUGACGUGGAAGAGGAGCUUAUUCCUACCGUGGGCCCGACGCCAAACGUACUACCUGAGCUUCCACGGCCGCCAGCGAAGUCGGCAACCAAAACCAUUCCAAAUACCGACUUGGAGACCAUGUCUAGCGUAGACGCCAUCCCGGAGACAAGCCAAACUAACAAGAACUCCAAGCCGCUCGCAGGGGUGGCUCCAUCCAUCGAAUCCGCUCCUUUGGAGGCGAAAUCCACGCCGAAUUUUCAGUCUUCUCCUCCGGCGUUUAGCACGAGGUCCCGGAAAGGCAAAAGCUCGAGUGAAUAUCCACGAGCAUCGAGCUCAUCCUCAACGCUUAGCAACCUAGCAUCGACCCCUCAGCUCCUGUCGAGCGAUCGCCCCGGAACUGCCAGCACUGCACCUGCAAGCUCUCCGGCGGAAUCUACUAUCGUAGCGAGCUCCUCCCCCGCUGUUACCCAAACAAAGCGGCGUGACGCGCGCGGAAGGCUUUCGUCUCUCAAAACAGGCUCAACCGAGAGUCUUAGACAGUCGGCGAGGAUGAGUCGGCGAGGUUCUAACUCGACCGAUGAGCUUGCCCGAUCUGUGCCCGGGACGCCUACCUUCGAGCAAAGUUUGCGGAUUUCCCGGCUUUCAAUGUCUAGGUCAACCUCCAGGUCAGGACGCGGCGCCAUGAAACCCCCACCAACUCAACGUGGCCAAAGACCGUUUGAGAACAUGGCCUUCGCAAUCUCCUUCCAGUCGAGGAAGUCUGGCGAGAGCAAUGACCAGUAUCGCUCCCGGAUGGACUUCUCAGCCAUGGUCCAAAAACGAAUCAAGCAGGCUGGUGGUAGAAUUCUUGAGAAUGGCUUCGACGAACUCUUCGAGGUUUUGCCCAUGGGGACGCCAUCUAGUAGCCCCACCUCGACAUCAGGUGCGGAGGCGGAGAUCAGUCUCACCCUCGAAGGCCGCACCACAGGGUUCACGGCGUUGAUUGCGGACGGGCACUCGCGCAAGGUCAAAUACAUGCAGGCCCUAGCGCUCGGCUUGCCGUGUAUCGCGGCCCGCUGGGUGACCGCCUGUCUCGAGAGGAACGAGCUGGUCGACUGGACGCCCUACCUCCUCUGCGCCGGCCAGUCGGCCUUCCUCGGCGAUGCUAUCCGAUCCAGGACCCUCUCACCGUACCGUGCCUCGACGGCCAAGCUGGCCGGCGUCAUUGACCAGCGCGAGAAACUGCUCGAGGGAAGCAGGAUCCUCGCUGUCGUGAAGAAGGCGCUAGAGGGGAAGAAGAUGGCUUACGUCUUCCUUGCGCGGGUGUUGGGCGCGUCGCUGACGCGGGUUUAUAGUGUUGACGAGGCGAAGGCGGAGAUGAGGGCCGCUGAGGACGCGGCGCAGCCCUUUGACUGGGUGUAUGUGGAUGGCAAGCCGGAUGAGGAGGCCCUGUUUGCCACGGCCCCAAUAGGGGGAAAGAAGAGAAAGCGGGCUUCCACGGCGAGCUUCGCUGCACAACCUCCCGUGAAGAGGGUGCGGACGCUGAGUGAUGAGCUGGUCAUCCAAAGCUUGAUUUUGGGGCGGCUUAUUGAAGAGGGGGAAAUGGAGGGUUGAGUCUGGCCGUUUUUGAGGGUUUGGUAUUAUGAGCACGGGAUAUGGAGUUUGGGACUUUGGGCUUAGCGGUUACGAUGUAGACGGACGGGCAUCGCCAUGUAUGAGUAAAGUGACAUGAUAGGGAGGAAUUUGGAGGGUUACGGAGACCGGCGGGCGUCUUGGAAUAGUGCUUGUAUUCAUGGGCACGCAUGCAUUUAUACCAGAACUCUGAACCGAGUCUGCCGGCUAAUGAGAUUCGUUUCAAGAGCCCACAACACAAAAAUGCCAGAAUCAGGUGCCCCCAUGGCCAGCAA